UGGUGCUGUGGAGCUGAUGGGAGUCGAGGAGACGGAGGCAGCAGCAGGAGGCGCUUCAGCAUCAUCAUCACCCUCAUCAUCAUCAUCACCAUCAACAUCCUCUCACACAGGAAUCACUUCAGCUCCACACACACACACACACACACACAGCACAGGACAGUGGCAGCGGCAGCAGUUCUAUCUGUUCACGUGACAGAGGAAGAGUGGACGGAGGCGCGAGGAGGCUGAACAAUGAUAGUGAGGAUCGCGGCUCGCGCUGUCCCAGGAGAACUCAUCUGAAGAGCUGUGAGCUGUGAGACAGCGGGAUGCUGCUCUAACGCACCGGGGAGGAGACGGUUUUCCUGUGCACACCUGUCAUGGAUAAAAGCGAGGGGGGCGAUAACCAGCAGACCCUGCUCCUGUUGGGAGCCAUCGCAGCGGCGUCCGCCUUUGUGGUCACGAUCCUCAUCGUCCUUGUCUGCGUCGGCUGCCAAAGGAAAAGAAAGAGCAAGCAUCCUCCAGCUGGAGAGAAAGGGACGUCUGUAAAUAUGCAGGGAACACUUCGCCACCCAAAACUGAACUCCAUGAGCAAGUCUGACACCAGGCUGCACGAGAUCAAUCGCUUUCCCUGCAAUGGAAAUUCUGUCAGUAAGAGCCGCCCCGCCAGUAUGGACCUCCUGCUCCUCCACAGCCGCUGCUCACAGACUGACCUGAGGCCCUCCCAUGGGCGCCAGCUUCCCCAGAUCCCAACGAGUCCCCAGGGAUCCAGCCAAGGGGAGGGGGGGGAAACGGGAGGAGAUGGGGCAGGAGGGGGGGGAGGAGGAGGAGGUGGUGCAGGAGGCGGGGAGGCCAGAGACCAUACGUACACUGAGGUGGGCCUGCGUAGCAACGUCAUGCCAGUCCACUGCCAGGAUGACGGCCUCUACGAGAGCGUGGGUGUCCGAGAAGUUGACAGCAAGGUCCCCGCUGCUCCACCCACCACAUCGACCAGCAGUCCUGCUGUCAUCAGAGCCGCUCAGAGCCCCCCCGCUCACACCAAUGGAGGCCGCAACGGAAAUGGGCACGGCAAUGGUGGCAGGGGCAACGGCAGGGGCAACGGCACCUUAAAUGGUGUGAUGAGUGGACGAGGUACCAGGCUGACCAGGGUCCCCAGGUCUCCUCUGUCCUCUGUUAACUCCCUGGCCAUUCAGGAUACAACUGCAGCUGAGUACGCGUCCUUACGCAAGUUCAGGAAGGUUGACAAGGCCAGGAAGGACAACAGCGCGGCCGACAGCCAAUCAGACAGCCAGGCCACUGUGAGCGAUUCACCCUCGGCUGCUCAUCCGCUGCUGCAUCGCAGUCAAGAGAUCCCACUGAAUUCACUGGAGCCGUUUCACCUGCACUCUUUCCCAAAGGAGGCAGUUUUCAUUGGCAACGGGGAGCAGUACAUCUGGAAGCCUCCGGAGGAUGAUGACAUCAUCACCCUGCACCCUCCUCUGCACCGUGGAGAGAAUGGACAGGGGCACCCAGCUCCUCCUACUGCGCAGGAGAUUGCAGACACUUACUCCGUCGUGUGUAAAUCCCAGAAGAAGAAACCUAUGGAAUACAAUGGAGCAAAGACCCUCCCGCGCUCCUUUGGUGGGGAGAGAGGAAAUGCGGGUUCCCAGGGCCGAGGCAGAGGAGUCCAGGGCCAGGCACGCUCUCAAGAAGAUCCCGGAUAUGAACCAGUAGGAGACAGAUCCCGGUCUACAUGCGCAAUGGCUGAGUCUGACAUUGCGUACGCUACAAUCGACGCCCACCGGAAACGUGAGCAGGAGGGAACCAAUAACAGCACAGCUGGGGGUAGUACCACACUGAAGAGGAAGAAGCAGACGCCGCCGCCGCCGCCACCGCCGCCGCCCCCGCAGCAACAAAACCAACAACAAGCCGCACUAGUUGCACCUCAGGGCUCAGGACCAAGCACCCCGCCUGUUAGAGGCGGGGAAAACCUCUACGAGACCAUCAGCGACGUGAAACAAGGGGCCAACAGCGCUAGCACCACCACCAUCUUCACCUUCAAUGAUGGGAUGGAGAUGUACGUCACUGGUCUGUAGACAUGAAAAAGGCUGGUUAUUAUACACAUAAACAAGGCCCUCUGUAGAGAAACAACAUAUGGAUCCAUUUUUUGUGGACAUCAGGUACAAUCAGGGUCUUAAUCCAGGUUCAGACUUCCCUUGCUUGGUCUGGACUUCAGAACCAGCCUAAGCCUAUAUAGUCCAAGCCCAAAUAUGGACCAAAUACAAUCUAACAAAGAAAAGAAAUCAGCAAAACAAGUUAAAUAUACUGUAUAUCUUUCAAACUAUACUGUGUCACUGACCAUACUCACCUGUGUGUGCAUCAUUUUCCAUAUCUUUAUUUUUAUAUGGACACUGCACACGAGUAUGUGGUGUCACUCACAUAUGGAGGAAAACACGUUUUUAAUCUAUAUUACAGUAUAUCACAAAAGAAAUGUGCAUGCAUUGUGCAAACACACCCUACAAAGGGACAGUAGUAGCAAGGACGCUGACUGUAUUAGGAUGACCUGGCCCACUGUUACACACACACGCGCUUCAUCUUGCAGGGAGUGAUGUAACAUAAGCACAUGGAUGUAACAGAGAUUUGCGGCGCUUCGCUCGGGCUGAGCAGGCAUCUGAAACAGGUUCUGUGUGCACACUGGUCCACUGGCUGUCACACAGCAUCACGGUGCUUUGUUCAAACACAGGUCAUCAAUUCUUCCUUAAAUACAGAGUUACAGUCAAUGUAUUAGCAUAACUGCCUGUCCUGAUGAAAAGAAAGUGACUCUUGUGCAAUAAUGUAAUCUUCAUGUGAACAAUCCAGGGCUCAGAUUUGUCCAACAUCUGUAGCCAAAAGUGCAAAGACACACCCUGACACACACACACACACACACACCCUGACACACACACACACACACACACAGUGAUCGGGUCAUGGCCACUGAGUGGGUUGGACACAAAAACUCCCCCAGCUGACACAUUUCGCAAUGUAAGACUUUUCACUUGAAAGUGGGAUAAAAUGAGAGAAGAAUUUAAGGAAGAGAAAAUAGCAAGAAUAACACGGGAUGACUCAUCAUGUGCAAGUUUAAUGAUAUUUUGGUAUUUUUGGGGUGUAGGGUUGUAUGGGGUAUUAUACAUUCAUACAUACAUUCAACAUUCACAACAAAAAGAGAAGGUGCUUAUAUCAAUGGACACAUAUUUUAUUUUCUCCCUAUUAGCAUAACCUCACAUUGCUACCAAGAGGCCAUGUGAUGGUCAUGUGACACUGAAUCCUGCUCACUAUAGAAAGUUUGGGAAACACAAUCAAUUUAAAGGGAGACCAAAGUCAAAGAUGCAAAAUAAUAACCACCAUAACAUUCUCACUGAGGGCGAGGUUGUUGUUUUUUCUUCCAGUUACUGGUUUUGUUUGUGCCACGGCGUCGUGCACAUGUGACGCAGGGUAAACAUAGAACCACCAGAACAACCACUGGCAAUGAGGAUGGUGUUAAUCACCCAGGGUUAAACCCCCUCUGUGUGUGAGCUAAAUACUAGGGAUGUCCCGAUACAGCUUUUUCACCUCCGAUACCAUACCGAUAUUGCAGCCUUGAGUAUUGGCGAUAUCACCACGAAUCAUACAUACUUUAAUGAUUUAUUUUGUAGUGUGGAAUGUUAGAAUAGGCUUGAUCAAGUGAUAUUACUUAAACAGAGAACAAUAGUAUGAGAAAAACUGACCCAUUUAUUAUUAACCAUUGGUUACAUCAAUUUUAACCUUCAACAUAAGAAUAUUGGAUUUCUUGCCAUGUUCAUUUCAUACAGUCUAUGGUUCAUUUCAUCAGGAGGAAAGUACCAAGUGCUAAUGGGGGUGUUUUCAGAGCACCUGUGUUUCUUCAGAGAAUACCCCCCUUGUUUUCACUAUUUUGGAUUAGCCCAACCCACACAGGGUGAGUGACUCGUCCCACAGGUAAACCCGGGGCCCGGGGACCGCCCCCGCAGACGUACUUCGCUCUGUGUGUGGAGCUUCAGGACACAUUUAAAACACACAAAGCUCUUGGCAUGGCUGGUCUUUGGGGUAUAAUUAACAAACAGAGGCUGUCGACAGGUGGCGCUGGUUUAUGAAAUGAUAUUGUUUUAGCAGCUCACCUCAGGACGAGCUAGCGUGGUGCUAACUGCUAGCUCGUGCUCGCUGUGCGGCUUCGUAGCCUCUGAUUUCAGAGGUUAAAUAAAGAUGUUUAACCUCUGAAAUAGCAGUAGCACACACACACACACACUGUUGUUGUGAUCAUGUGAUCUACAUGCAUCCAACACGCAGAGCCCACGUGAUCACGACGGGCGCUGCUGGAUAGAAGAGCUGGAGCGGAAUGGACUGUUGUAUCGGAGCGCUUAUAUCGGAGAUUUUAGAGGCACUCUUUUAGAGGAUACUUGUUUUUUGGCUGAUAUUGGACCAAUAUCAAUAUCGGAUUGGGACAUCCCUACUAAAUACCUCAUAUAACCCCAUACUGUCCUUUAAAUAUCUGGUGUUUUUUUGGGCUCAGUAAACAUCCAGUUUUAUUUUGCACUGUACAACCUGCAGGGCUGGUUUUGAAUAAUUGUGUAUUGGUGUGCUUUAAAGGGUGUUUCCACAACUCAGAGUUCUGAUUCGCUCACUAGUUUGAACAGAGAACCAGUGGUUGAAAUAGCAACAGCCUGGUCCUGGCCUGGACUCCAAGGAAAAUAAAGAACUGGGCAUAAAAUGUACCAGUGAGUGUCCUUUGGAAGGCUGCCCUCGCCCUCCCCCCACCCUGGUCUCCAGCCUCUGCACUUAGCUCUUUUUCUUUCAAAACAAUAUAUUUCCCAUGUAACCUUGGGGAAAAUGAAAACAGAGAGAGCACAGGAGGAAAACAAAACAUUAGAGCCUUAAUGAAUGGGUGUGAUGGUAAGACAUGCAUCAGAAUUGAUGUAUGUGGGAAAGCAAAUGCAAAGACUACACGGCUUCAGAAAAGUUAAUAAAGUUAAUAAAAAAAAAAGUACGUCAGAAAAGUAUGUAAAAAAAAAAGAACACACUCUGUAUUUUAUGCACUGUUCAUUUGUUUUUUACUGACUGAUGAUAUUGUUGGUUAAAUAGCUCAUGUCACUGCCAUAAAAAAACUGUAUGUUUAUGUUGUUGGUGGAAUUUUUUCCUGCUUGAUCCAAAUAACUGCAUGCUUUGAUAUGUGGAGAUGAAAACAAAUAUUGUGGUUGAUCUCUUGUUUGUUGAUCUCUGUUUAAUUUUAUUUGACUUCUUUGCCAUGUGAUACAAGGCAGCAUUUUUUUCCAAAGAGGAAAGAAAUAAAAUAUAAAAUAUUUAGGCAGAAACCAGAGUGAAUUUAGGGCAGAGUAUUGUUUAUCCUCCUCAAGAUAGAGCGGUGGAUGUGUGGGAGGGAGGUGAAGAACAGCCAGUUUGAAGUGAGACGGGGAUCACUGCCUCAUACAUGCACACUCUCACACACACUGCAACAUUGAGCCAUGUGUACUUCCACUUUUGGGGAGGGGGGCUUUUUAUUUCCCUUUGCACACUCCUUACUCCAGCUGUAUUCAUCCUCCAGACACUGGACACAGUCCAACCCGAUCCCUCGCUGUGCAGGGGAGGGGCCUUUGAUGUCCAGUUUUGAGAGACUCUGCAAGUGAUUUGGAGGGAGGGGGAAGCAGCGGCUGUAGGUCAGUCUGACA